AUGGACCUCUUCAGACGCCACAACGGACACCACGAGGUCGACUCCAAGUCCUACUGGGCCUUUGGGUACUCGUUUGCGCCCCUAAACGACGACCAGAAGCAGCAGCGCCGCGAGAGCCUCGACUACUACGGAUUCGCAGCCCAAUGGUCCGUUUUGCUCGUCUUCGCGCUGUUCCAGAUGUCUUUUGGCAUCCGCUGGAUUGUCUCCAAGGGCAUGCGCUAUGAGCAGCCCAAGUCUCCGUCCUUCAACAAGCGCCGCGAGAAUGCUCUGGGAUGGCUGAACAGCUUGCACAGCCGCUACGCCCGCAUCGUGUGGUGGAUGCACAAGGAUGUCGUCCGGAGAUGGGAGUGGGGCACGAGAGGAGAAUGGAUUGGGGGGACUGUCUGGACUGCUUGGCUGCUCUAUCUCUGCUUCGUUAACACAUCUCCUGACUACCUCCACCUCACGAAGCGCUUGGGCCAAAUUGGUGCCUCACAGCUGCCUCUGCACUACCUCCUCGCUAUGCGGGCACCCUACUCACCCGUCCAGUGGAUCACGCGCCUCUCUCACGAGCAGCUCAAAGCCGCCCAUCAGAUCCUCGGCCGCAUCGUCUAUCUGCUGUUCAUCCUGCACGCCGUCUUCUACUUUGUCUUCUUCGCCAUGUCCGGCGUCCUCGCGAAACGCAUCAAAGACUGGGACGUCGUCUUUGGGCUCAUCACGCUCGCUCUCUUCGCCGCCAUCAGCACGACAGCCCUCGGCUUCGUGCGGCGGCGAAACUACCGCGUCUUCUACAUCAGCCACAUCGCCAUUGCAAACCUCAUCAUCGUGCCCAUGUACCUCCACGUCUCGCACAUCCGCCUGUACAUGUACGAGGUCAUCGCGAUAGAGUGCCUGCACCUGCUCUUCCGCGCCCUGCGCAUGAAACUGUACAAAGGCACUAUGCGCCUCCUGCCCGGCACAAGUCUGGUGCAGAUCCGCAUCCCUCUCCCGGACAACCACGCCGCCCUGGGCUGGGCGCCGGGGCAACACGUCUACCUGGCGCGGCCGCGGGGCAGCGCCAAAGCACCAAACUACUACCAGCAAUGGCUGAUGGCGAACAAAUCCAACCCCUUCACCAUUGCCUCCCUGCCCAGCACAGACCGCGAACUCGUCCUGAUCGCCCGCGCCCUGAACGGCAACACGGCGCACCUCGCCGCGCUCGCGCAGAAACUCGCCCAAGGCGGUUCCGGCAUGCCCAUGCUGCCCACCGCCACAGGCGACAUCCCGAUCCUGCCCCUCGCCCUCGAAGGCCCCUACGGCGCUUCCAACAGGCUCCCCGACCUGACCGACUUUGACAAGGUCCUACUGGUCGCCGGCGGCGUCGGCGCCACUUUCAUCAUGCCGCUGUACCGCCUGCUAGCCGACGUGCACGACUCGACCCCCGGCGCCACACACGUGCGCUUCAUCUGGUGCGUGCAGAACCUGGCGGACACGCAGUGGGCCUUUACCUCCGGCGCCACACAGCAGACCGUCCAGCACAGGGACGAAGCCGUCAGCAACGGGCUGCUGCACACACCCAGCGCCGUCGAGGUCUUCGUCACACGCCCCUCUGGCGGCGCUGCGUCCUCGGCCCCCGUCUUCGCCAUCGACGACGACGACGACGACGAGGCGUUUGAGAUGCAGGAGCACGCGCAACUGCUCGGCGCGGAGGAACAGAUGGAGCGCCCGCGCAAGGGAAUGGUGGUCUCCGCCGGCCGGCCCGAUAUGGGCGCGAUUGUGGAUGACGUCUUCAGCAGGGGCGUCAGGACCGCGGUGCUGUGCUGCGGGCCGAAGCGGUUAACGGAUGAUCUGAAGAGGAGCGUGGAGGGGUAUGUCAGGAAGGGGCAUGAUGUGUUUUGGUACGACGAGACGUUUGGGUGGUGA